AUCUGUUGUCCCGUCCUGCAGCCGUCCGGAUUCUUUGCAGUCACCAGCGUUCUCGGGAUGUGUUUGCUGGAGACAUGUUUGUCCUCCCCAGCCUUUGCCCUCAUCGGGGUCCUGGCCGUGGGGUAUCUCACGCUAAGCCUGGGGUGGAAGAUACUGCGAGGCUUCCUGGCGCAUGUUGUCUCUGAAUGGUGGAAGACGGACCUCAAGAAAUAUGGAGGAUGGGCGGUGGUCACCGGCGCCACAGACGGGAUAGGAAAAGCCUACGCUCAGGAGUUGGCCAAGAGGGGUUUCGACGUCGUCCUCAUCAGUCGCACGCUGGAGAAGCUGAAGAAAGUCGCAGAGGAGAUCGAGCGGGAAAGUGGACGCAAAACGAAGAUAAUCCAAGCGGACUUCACGAGAGGCCUUGAGCUCUACGACUCGAUUGAGGAUGGUCUGCAGGGCCUGGACAUCGGAAUUCUCGUAAAUAAUGUGGGAAUGACUUACACUGAGGGGUCCGUGCUGUUCCUGGAUGUCACGGACAUUAAGAAGCGCACGACGGACAUCAUUAACUGCAAUAUAACAUCCAUGAUUCAGAUGACCCGGAUCGUCCUUCCUAACAUGGUGAAGCGGAAGAAAGGGCUGAUCAUUAACCUGUCGUCUGAAGCCGGCACCCGACCGUAUCCCAUGAUGACCCUAUACAGCUCUACUAAGGUCUUCAUGGAUUUCUUCUCCCGCUGUCUGAACACAGAAUACGGCUCGCAGGGGAUCACCGUACAGUGCGUCAUGCCCCUCCUGGUCUCCACCAAUAUGACGCGCAGGAUGGAGACCAACUUGUUCGUGAAGACGCCCGAGAGUUUUGCACGCGAGGCCCUGAACACCGUGGGGUACGUCAGCCGGACCAGCGGAUGCCUCUCCCACUCGCUCCAGAGUUAUGCCGUACGCUACGUACUCCCCGAUUUCCUCCUUUUGUCCCCGCUGUUCCCCCGCUUAUCUCGGAUGCUCGACAAACACGUACAGGACAGAAUGAAAGCCGAAUAAGUCACGUAUAAGGCGGGGGUCCUCGCGUCCGGGGCCCGGGGUCCUCGCUUCCGGGCCCGCCACCGUCUACAUGUCCCGGUUGUUAAAUCCUCUUUUUUUCUGAAAUAAAAACCUCAAUAAAAUUGAA